GAGUCAUUCUUAACAACACGGACGCUCCGUUAGUGUGACGUAGGCGGUAAACAGAUGGCGAGUCGUGCUCAGUCCUUCCCAUUUCAGACGUUUUCUUGAAGAUAUUCGGAGAAAAAAAAAUGCAGUCUUCUCGAAGCGAGAGUGACUGGCAAGGCCUGGUGAGCGAGGUAAAGAUGUGUGUAUGUUUGCGCUAGUUCCUGGUGUGUAAGCGCAAGCUGGAGAGCAAAAAAGAGGCCCUGCUCAUUCUGUCCAAGGAGCUGGACACGUGUCAGCAAGAGCGAGACCAGUACAAGUUGAUGGCCAACCAGCUCCGAGAGCGCCACCAAGGACUCAAGAACAAGUACAGGGAGCUCAUUGAAGGCGACCCGUCUUUACCACCAGAGAAACGCAAUCAGGUGAACCUCGCCCAGUUGCUGCGAGACACCAAGGAGCGCGUGAAGCAGCUGACCGAGGAGGCCAAGGAGCUGACUCAGCGUCUACUGGAGGCCCAAGGGGAUAACAAGCUCCUGCGAAUGACGAUUACGCGACAGCGGCUGGGCGACGACGAGGUCGGCGCGCGACACUUGCCCGCGCACGAACGUCAAGAUCUGGUGCUACGACUGGAGAGAGCAGGCCAUCAGAUGGAAGAGAUGGCGCACAACGUGAAAUCCCUGACGGACGAGCUCCACGACAUGAAGGCGGAGAGCGCCGUGUAUCGCGACAAGGCCGAGCGACUCAACGUGGAGCUCAACCACGUUCUGGGCAACCGGGACUCGCGCAUCGUUGACGUGGACGCGCUCUGCAUGGAAAACCGGUAUUUGCACGAGCGCUUCAAACAAAUGCAGGAGGAAGUGAACCUGCUGAAAUCCAACAUCAUGAAGUACAAGGCCGCGCUAACGAGGAGGAAAAACUCAAACGGUUACGAGAAGUCACACAGUCGUCCGAUCACGGGGGUCCUCUCCGCCGAACGAGUGGAGGAAAUGCUCCUGGAGGAGCACGGCUGCAGCCUCCCGGCCACGCCUCAGUCCAUUUGCGAGCUCAAAUCCCUGGCCACAGCCCUGCUGGAGACCGUCCACGAGAAGAAUCUCGUCAUCCAGCACCAACGGAAGACCAACAGGAUCCUCGGGAACCGCGUCGCCGACUUGGAAAGGAAGUUGAAGACGUUGGAGGUUGCCGGCUUUUGGAGUCUCCCAGGCCGGACCUACCGCGUGUCCGUGGGAAUUGGGAGAACGCAGAACGAGGCGCCAUCCAACGAGAAGCUCCCGCCGGGGCUCCAUCCAACGCAGGCGGCCUCUCAGCCACACCGUCCGCCUGCAGGCAAAUGUGGCGACAUUGCACACGACCCAAGUUCCCAUGAAUCAUUGUGGGAGUGCCACACGGCCGCUGGCGACCUUGGCACAGAUGGCGUGCCACAGCUGGCGGCGGCGGCGGCGCAGACGAACGAGAUUGACGGCAGACGAGGCGACCCGGCGACCCCGACGGAAGAAGAUGGACGGAGUCCCGUGGAGGAGGCGGGGCGCGAAGCCCAGGAGCCAGACGUGGUGGCAAUGGUGGAGGAGGGCGAGGAAGCGGCCCUGGCGCUGGCGCUGGACGCCUCACCCAGCCAGUCGCGCCUUAUAUAUAAUAUAUAAUCGCAACUUACAUGCGAUGCAACGUUGCCAGCAGGACCAUCCGACGCCGAGCUGCGUGGCGUGACAUACGUCACCGCAUGGCGUGAAUGCAUUUGAAGAAGGCUGCCUUUUCAUUUCCUUGCUUCAUUGCAAAAUGGGACAUUAUUUCAAUUUGACGGAGCGCUAAUUGAUUUUUUUUUUACCGUUACCGCUUUGAUCUGUGAAAUAGAUCAGAAAAUCGGCAUAAAUGUUGAUCGUUGUGAUUUUCAAAAUAAAAAGCAGGUGUUUGUAAAA